AUGCAUGCAGAUGUUAGUGCCGUCGUGAAGGUACCACUGGAGAAUCAGAAUGUGGAAGUGGAGCUGGUGACGCCUCGUGGAGACGGUUCACGGCUGGUUAUCUCAGAGUCUAACAGCGAUAGUGUUUCUCCGGACGAUCUAGUGGCCUUGGCGCAGCAGUUGGUUUCCGCUCGUGAACUUGUAAAAGGAAGGGCUUUCGAUCGCCUUCGAACUAUUGCCGAACAGAUGGAGCAACUCCGUAGGGCAGCGAUUCAUGUACUCGAAGAGGCAAAAAGAGAUGAAGAAUUACACAGUGUGGCCUGUAAUAUGCAGAAAUACCCUGGACAGAAAACUGAGGAAUACGUUGCUUCUUAUCGAUUAGAAUCGGAUCGAAGUUGGACUCCAAUAGCUGAUAUUGUUGAACGGGAUCAACAGUUUGCCAGUCUCAAAACAUUCAUGAAGCAGCAAAUUCUUUAA